CUUUCCUGUUCGUUCGUUCGACUUUCCUCUGUCAAAUCCUAAUGAUUAUGAUGGAGGAUAAUUAAUGAUGACAGACAAGAUAAUGGUGGUUUACAGAGAAUGUACGACCUUUGAUUGUCAGUUACAUACAAAUAUAUCAGGUUGUUCUACAUGAAACAGAACAUGCCGAAGGGUAGCAGCAAGUUGAAAGCCUGCCAAGAAUAUUGAUAGGAUGGUGCACAAACCAGCAGAUGCAUUUAGAACUUUUUCGGAAUUCUAGAGGACUACGGUGUCCAACGGAAGUUUGAAUUGUAUGAAUCUUUACCAAUUGAUCUAAGGAUGGGGAUUUUAUGUUUGAUAAUGAUGUGUUUAUGGGGGUUGGCCAUGAGUGGAGAGGAUUGUAUUCACCGCCCACCCACGCCCGAGGAGGUUGUCUAUGAUGUGAAGUUGGAUGAUGACCACAUAAACAUCACUAAGAGAAGUGUCCAUGAGAAACUAAGAAUCAAAACUAUCAUUGACAGCAGCAUUAAGAAUCUUCCAUAUUCCCACCAGUUUCUCAUCAAUACCCUUGUCCAAGAGGCCGUUCAGUACUGGCAGAAUGCACUCAAGGUCAAACGGUCCUGGGCAAGCACUAUUCGCCUGAACAGGGGGUGUGUCAAGAACAUGGUUCUGUACAAUGGGGGAAGCCGUUACUGUUCAGACUUCUGCUCUCCAACCACAACAUGUGGAGAUUUUGUCAUUCCAGAGGAUCAUUUAAAUCAAUGCUACUAUCAUGACCCUAAAACCGGUCAGUUUCGAAGCUCUGGUCAAGCAGGGAAGGGCGUCACUAACGCAGACUUUAUUCUGUAUGUCGCCGCCUUGUCCUCAGUCAAAUGUCAACACGCCAAAACCAUCGCAUACGCAGCUCACUGUCAACAGGAAAUUGUCUUAGAUAGACCUGUUGCAGGCUAUAUCAGUAUUUGUCCAGAUUCUGUGUCAACUCGUUCACAUGAUGUAACCCAGUUAUUGUCUACCAUGAAGCAUGAAAUUUUGCAUGCAUUGGGAUUUUCCGCUGGCCUUUAUGCUUUCUUUAGGGAUCAGUUUGGAAACCCCCUCACACCAAGAGACCCGGACAGUAAUAAGCCAAGGAGCAUAGAUACAGAAUACAAGUUUUACAUGUGGAGUAACCGAGUAAUGAGGGAGGUGGUCAGGUAUGGAUGGAAAACAGCCCAGGGGAGAAGAAACAAGCGUGUUAACAUGAUUGUCACCCCAGCAGUGCAGAGAGAGGUACGGCGCCAUUUUAAUUGCCCCACUUUGGAGGGAGCAGAAGUGGAGAAUCAAGGUAUCUAUGGAACAUCCAUCACACACUGGGAAAAACGACUGUUUGAGAAUGAAGUGAUGACUGGAACAUACACACAGAAUCCAGUGGUUUCCAGAGUUACUCUGGCUCUUAUGGAGGACACUGGCUGGUAUCAAGUGAAUUACAACUUGGCUGAAGACCUGGAGUGGGGCAAGAACCUUGGCUGUGAUUUUGUGAACAAGAGUUGUAUGGAAUGGAUGGACCUACACCCACCCCCGGCACAAGACAUGUAUCCAUUCUGUAAGCAGAUCAGACAGGGCAUGUUGAAAACAGACUGUACUAGAGAUAGAAGGGCUGUGGCAUUCUGUAACCUUGUGACGUACUCCGGGCCACUACCACCUGAGUACCAGUAUUUUACUUCCACUUCUGGGGUACAGUGGUCGGGAGAUUACCAAAGAUUGGGCGGCGCUGUAGAACUGGCUGACUACUGUCCGUAUCUACAGGAGUUUAUAUGGAGAGAUAAGGAGGAGAGCAUCCGGGACUCCAGGUGCUUCCUGACCGGAAAUGUUCCAGUGGGCUCUGCAAACUUUUAUGGGGAGUAUUUUGGGAGUGACUCUGUGUGUGUCAAUCAUGGAUCUUCGUGGAGUUUCCGACAAUGCAAUAGACUGAUCUACCCAACCCAUCACGGAAGUGGAUGCUACAGGUUUGAGUGCAGUAACACUGCUGGGUUGGUGCUGUAUGUAAAUGGAAUGAGCUACCAAUGUCUACAGGCAGGGCAAAGAAUCCGUGUACGAUACGCAUCCAAACAUUACCUCCACGAUGGAAGCAUCGUUUGUCCUUAUUGUCCAGAUGUCUGUCAGAGCAAAGGAGUAGUGUGUCCACGUCAAGUUGUUCCCUACGACGUAGUCACUAACAAUUUACCAGAUCUGCGUGUUCCAUGUGGUGCCAUAUCUUACCUGUCUGACAGAAGUCGAAAUCUCAUCAGUGUACUCAACUUACUCUGUUUAUUGAUAUAUUAUUGCAACAGGUGAUAAUUAACCUAUAAUUAUAGGCCAAUUUUUUUUUUAUUAUGAACUACUGAUAUACAUGCUGUUAUGCAGGUUGAAUUCAUAGACUAUAAGCCUCCUGCAUACGGUAUUCAUUCCCAAAUGUGCCUUUGUGUCUAUGUAUCCUGAAAUACAUGUAGAAAUCAGAUCUUAUACAUAUACUCCACUUUUACAUAUACAUAAAAUGUAUCUUCCAACUUAAAUUGAUCCAAAUACUGAUUUUAUUCUAUCCCUAACAAAAGAAAGUGUUGGCUCAUAAUGGGAAGGAGGGUUGGUGGUCAACUUAUUAACGAUCAGAACCUUAUUAACAUCAGAACUUAUCAAUGAUCAGAACUUAUUAACGAUCAGAACUUAUUAACGAUCAGAACUUAUCAACGAUCAGAACUUAUUAACGAUCAGAACUUAUUAACGAUCAGAACUUAUCAACGAUCAGAACUUAUUAACGAUCAGAACUUAUUAAUGAUCAGAACUUAUUAACGAUCAGAACUUAUCAACGAUCAGAACCUUAUUA